AUGUCUGACUAUCCCCCACAACCCGUGAACACAAUUGAUUGGAGCAACAUCGGCUUCAAGAUUCGAGAAGUUGCCGGCCAUGUCGAAUCGCAUUAUUCUGUCAAGACCGGAAAAUGGACCGCGCUGGAGUUCAUCGAGGACCCAUACCUGCGCAUCCACGGCAUGGCUCCAGGUCUAAACUAUGGCCAGCAAUGCUACGAAGGAUUGAAAGCUUUCCGUGCACCGGACAACACCAUAAAUAUCUUCAGGCCCAACAAGAACGCUGAACGAAUGCAGCACUCCGCUUCCUUUAUUUCCAUUCCCGAAGUCCCGACGGAGCACUUCCUCGCAUGCUGUAAGCUAGCGGUAGGAAUGAACGCUGCCUAUGUCCCGCCACAUGAGACAGGCGCAGCGAUGUAUGUCCGGCCACUGCUCUUCGGAAGCUCCGCACAGCUCGGCCUGAACCCACCAGAAGAGUACACUUUCUGCGUCUAUGUCGUCCCUACAGGCGUGUACCAUGGUACACAUCCCGUUGAUGCCCUGAUCCUGGAACAAUUCGAUCGCGCCGCGCCUGAGGGUACUGGAUCGGCCAAGGUCGGAGGAAACUAUGCGCCGGUGCUGCGAUGGAGUGAGAAGGCACAUAAGGCGGGCUAUGGAAUCACACUCCACUUGGACAGCAAGACCCGGACGGUGAUCGACGAGUUUUCGACGUCAGCAUUUAUUGGUGUGAAGAGAGAUGGAGACAAGGUCAAGCUCGUAGCGUCAAACAGCAAGAACGUCAUCAAGAGCGUCACGGGCGACAGUAUCCUCAGGAUCGGAGAGUCUUUUGGUUGGGAGACAGAGUCCCGAGAGAUCCCCUAUACUGAGCUGAAUGAUUUCGAUGAAAUUCUCGCUGCGGGCACCGCUGCGGCUCUCGUACCCAUCAAAUCGAUCACGUUGGAAUCCAAGAACGAAAAGUUCAGCUAUCGCAACGGAUCAGACGAGCCAGGCCCAGCCUGCGUCAAGCUUCUUGCAACUUUGAAGGGUAUUCAACAAGGCAAGAUCGAAGACAAACAGGGCUGGCUGUUUAAGGUAGAUAAGCCGGAGCAAUGGGGAAAGAACAGGGUGAAUGGCGCCGAGGAGACGGUCGAUCAGCUGCCGUGA